UUUAUGUGACAACAGCGUGCUUUACUCUUUUCACUGACCGCCAUCUUCUUUCACGUUUUAGACUAUUUGUCAACUUUUACCUAAAAAAUAAUCCAAAAUGCCUAUCAGAGGAUCAGGAAAAGGCGAUGACAUCGGAAAAAUCUUUGUCGGUGGUUUGGGACCCAAUACAAGCAAAGAAUCAUUACAAGAUUAUUUUGAGAAGUUUGGACAAGUUACAGAUUGUGUAUUAAUGACAGACCCAAUAAACAAACAUUCUAGAGGGUUUGGUUUUGUAACAUUCAGUGAUCCCUCAACUGUCCAGAAGGUUGUCAAUACACCAGUCCACCAACUUGAUGGCAAGAAUAUUGAUCCCAAACCUGCUGUACCAAGAGGACCAGGACAAGCACUACAAACAGGAGUAGCUCAGCAAAAAGUCAAUAACAAUGAAUUAAAGGUUUUUAUUGGCGGUAUCGCAAUUGGGACUACAGAAGAGGACAUAAAACAGUACUUCAGUGGGUUUGCCGAGGUUAAAAACGUACAGUUGAUCGCUGAAAAAGGGACCAAAAAACCCAGAGGAUUUGGGUUUGUAACAUUUGAUACAAAGGAAGCAGUUAACAAGGCAGUUGAUAUGCACUAUCAUCAGAUCAAUGGAAAAAUGGUCGAAGUUAAAAUAGCUGAGCACAGAAUGGGACAACCAAAGAUGCCCUUUGGUGGACAGGCCAAUCCACUUGCUACCCCUGUACAUGGAAUGCCGGGUGCUAUGGGGCGUGGACAGUUUGGCCAACAAUAUGGAAUGCAAUCAGCUUAUCCUCAACAAGCAGGUGUAGGACGUGGUGGAUAUAACGCCAAUGCUGGUUAUGGGGCAUAUGGCGCUGUAGGAGCUGGUGCUAACUAUGGCUAUGGUGCUCCGCAGACACCUCAAGGGUAUGGUGCAGCUGGUAUGCCGAUGGGUGGAGCCCCUGCAAGUGGAGCAGGCUAUACCCCUGCUGCUUAUGGAGCUGCCCCUCAGAUGCCUGGUUAUGGCGUGGGUGCUGGUAGAGAACCUGCUGCACCAGCGUAUGGAGCAACACCAGGACCUGGUGCUGGAGUACCUGCUCAUGGGGAGGCGCCCGCAGGAGGUGACUACUCUGCCUACAGUGCUUAUGGACUCGGCAAUUACCAACAACAGGAUUCGCAGUACGGACCUGCUAGAGGGUCAUUUGGCAGUGAAGCUGCAUACUCAGCAUACCCUGCUGGGGAUUCGUAUGCCAGUGCAGGUGGUCCCGCUGGGUAUGGUGCAGGAGGCAGCGCGGGAGAAUCCUUUGGAAGAGGUGGAGGAGCCGCAAGGGGAUUCCAUCCUUAUGGACGCUAAAUAUCUUAUAUUUAACUACCAUACAUUUACUUUAUCACUCGUGUAGUCUGCAAGUACUCUCGUUGGGUUUUCCAUCCUUAUGGACGCUAAAUAUCUUACAUUUAACUACGACACACAUUACACAUUUACUAUAUCACUCUUGUAGUCUGCAAAAUUCCUUAUCCUGUUUAGUUGGCAAUGAACGAAAGAUUUUACAGUACUUGAACAAAAGAUUGUAGAAUAUUACCGAUAGUUAUCAUACAUGUUGGCUUAUAAUGAUACAUACCUAGGAAACGCUCUAAGAUUUUUAUUUAUUGUUAAGAUUGACAGCUACGUUCCAGAUACAAGAAUGCUCACUUCAUAAGGGACGGACCAUUAAUGACGUUUUAAUGGGAGGCUAUAUAUGUGUUAAAUACAUCUACAGUUAAAGGCAAAUCACUUUUCAACAGUAUCAAAUGUAGAUAGUCCUAGAUUGAUAUUCAUUUGUUUGUAAAGACCAGAAUUUUCUCUUUUCCCCAUCUACUGAUUUUACUACUUUGGGCUUGUAUAGAUUUUAGAGUCCCUAUAUUUGUAAGUAGCUGGAAACACUAGAAUAAAAGAUCAGAAUUUUCUUUA